AUGGCUGAAAGCACGCUCCUGGCCCGGUCACCGGCCAAAUACUCUUCUUUAAGCGCCUUUUCCCCCACCCGCAUUCCCCGUUCCGCCUGCUCCCCCUCGCCUCGCGCGGCAUUGCCGUCCAGGAUUCCAAUCACCGCUUUUGCAGCAACCCGGCAUGACUCUCCCCCAUCUCCCCUCUUAACCCGGCCUCGCGCCUCACCGCUCGGAACCUCUCAGCGCGUCACCCGUUUAUCGAGAGUACCGCUCCUUAGUCCAGCGCCCGGGCAGAGUCACCAGACUAGCAACGUUUCGGAAUAUUCCCGUAGCGCGGAGUGCAAGCGGCGCGGAGCGGUCGUUUCCCGCGCGUUUCUGCUCCCGGUGGAUCCCUGGUCGCCCAACGUCGACUCCCAGAGCAUCGCGUCGUCGCUGUUCGCCGUGUCGCUCUUCCCGUACCUCGGAUUCCUCUACUUCCUCACGCGAUCUGGGACGGCGCCGCGCAUCACGCUGUUCGGGUUCUACUUCCUGCUCGCAUUCGUCGGUGCCACGACCGUGGUGGAUGCGGCGUUUGCUGCAGCGGAAGCAAUUGCCACUGGUGUUCCUGUGACUGGAGGCGUUCGUGCUCUUGGCGCUGCUGCUGACGUGGCAGAUGAUCUCCCUUCGCUCGUUGACACGUCCGCACGCCGGGAUUUGGGCGAAGAGGCGUGGAAGAAGGGUACGAGAAGAGAGAUCCCAAUAACAGAAGCGGAUUUUGAGCGUGAAGGCAUACAGGAAGAUGAGGAGUUAUUGGAUAAAGAUGAGCCUAUGGAAGCGCUGGUUAACGUGAUGUUGGGGGAAGAACCUGGCGCAGAUGGAGGAGGAGGCGAGGAUGUGGAAGAAGUGGAAAGAUCACCACCGCUGGAAAGCGGUACUAGCGCCGAGUCAAUCAGUGCCUCCUUGGCGUCUCAUGCGCGGGAGCGGGGCCCUAACGUCAUUAAGGGAGAUCCGAACACCGCUGUUACUAAGGAUGGUCAUGUGCAUUUUGUCCCGUCUGACUACGUCAGCGAUUUUAACCUCAAAGCGACCCACGUACUUCACAAUCUUUCACAAGCAGAGCUUUACGAGCUCGCGAUCAAGGAUGAAAAGGGGACGUACAUCACGUCAAAUGGAGCUCUUGCUACUCUCUCUGGAGCGAAGACAGGACGUUCUCCUAAGGACAAGCGCAUCGUGAAGGAAGAGACCUCACAGGAUGACCUGUGGUGGGGAAAGUACGUGUUCCUGGAGAACGUCGUGUUUGACAGCCACACCAGGGUGGUUGACUAUGCAGACAAGUCUGUGACUGAAAACACCCGUGCUGCAUACCCUAUCGAGUAUAUUCCGAACGCUAAGAUUCCCUGUGUUGGACCCCACCCGAGAAAUGUCAUUUUGCUCGCCUGCGAUGCAUUCGGAGUCCUUCCUCCUGUCAGCAAGCUGACCCUUCCCCAAACCAUGUACCACUUUAUUAGUGGAUACACUGCUCUGGUCGCUGGAACUGAAGAGGGUAUUAAGGAACCGCAGGCGACUUUCUCCGCAUGUUUUGGGGCUGCUUUCAUCAUGUGGCAUCCCAUCAAGUAUGCGGACCAUGUUGAUGGUGUGCCUCAGGAGAUUCUUGAGCCGCAGAACAUGUGGACCGACAAGGGUGCUUACAAUGCAACUCUGACGAAGCUUGGUGGCCUUUUCAACUCGAACUUUUCCAAAUUCACAGAGAGCAUGUCUGGUGUGGAUACCACCCUGGCUCAGCAGAUCCUCUCAGCAGGACCUCAGCUUGCGUAA